GCUGAAGCCGCGCACUCGCGGUGAGAGAGCAGGACAUGCAUCUCAAGCACGCAGUCAAUCCGGCCACGCUCUUGCGUGCAAACUCGUCCGAUUUUGCCCCCAGAUGAGCGAUUAGGAAGGAAGCAAGACGGUGAGGAGGAGGAGGAGGAGGAGAAGGGGGAGGAGCGAGCAGCAUCUGCGAACAAACUGGAUCUUUUGGUCCAUUGCCUCUUUUGGGAGGCUGGCUGCGGCCUGUGGAUUGUCAACGGAAGCCUCGAGCUGGAUUGGAAAUGUCACAACAGCGACGUGCUAGCUGUGAGACCAAGAGGUGAUGGCAGUCCAGACUGAGCUUCACCACGACGAUCAUCUGUCCCCGAUGAUGGUCGCCCUCCCUGCACACACCUGAGCCUUCACUCUAUGCUUUCCCUCCAUCCCCUCCUCCCGUACCUCCUUUCCUUGCCCCUCCUCCUCCAAUAACUUAACUCAUCCUGCUUCUGUGUGUUCAAUCACCCUCCUUGAUUAUGGCCUGCUGCGGGCGCUCUCUGGGUUCCCCGUGCACACUGGCCUUGCUGGUGGGCUUCCAGUUUGCCUUUGUGCUCUAUUUCUCCCUUGGGGGCUUCAAAGGUUUGGUGUCCGUCUUGGUGCACACCACAGAGCAAGAGUUUGACUAUUCGCGACCCCACGACGUCUACACCAACCUCAGUCAUCUGAGAGCACCGCCUCCCCCACCUCGCAAUGCUGGCACUGGACCUCCUGUGACGGGGCCACCGCUAGCAAGCUGCCAGAUUGUGUCCCCGCUGUUAGUUGGGCCCGUAUCUGUCCAUCUUUCCUCACCUCUGACAUUGGAGGAGAUCAGAAUAAAGAACCCAUUGGUGUUGCCAGGCGGACACUACCGUCCACCAGACUGUGCACCCCGGCACCACACUGCCAUCGUGGUCCCAUACCGAAACCGGCAGACACACCUCCGUGCUCUCCUCUACCACCUCCAUCCUUUCCUGCAGAGGCAACAAAUCCACUACAGCAUCUACAUCGUACAUCAGUGGGGGAAUGGUACAUUCAACCGAGCCAAGCUGCUGAAUGUCGGUGUGCGGGAAGCCCUUCGAGAUGAGGAAUGGAGCUGCAUUUUCCUCCAUGAUGUUGACCUGCUGCCUGAGAACGACCACAAUACCUACACUUGCCACAAGCAGUUUCCAACACACCUGUCUGUGGCCAUGGACAAGUUCAAAUACAGGCUACCAUACCCACAGUAUUUCGGUGGGGUUUCUGCAGUGACUCCAGACCAGUACAUGAAGAUGAACGGCUUCCCCAAUCAAUAUUGGGGCUGGGGGGGAGAGGAUGACGAUAUCGCGGCAAGAGUGCGUCUGUCUGGCAUGAAAAUUGUGCGCCCCCCAGUGGCCGUUGGUCAUUACAAAAUGAUCAGGCAUAGAGGAGACCAAGGGAAUGAGCAAAACCCACACAGAUUUGACCUCCUGAAAAGGACCAGACUCAACUGGCGCUCUGACGGCUUCAACUCCCUGACUUAUGAACUCCUCUCUAAAGAGGAGGAACCUCUCUACACUAACCUCACUGUCAACAUCGGAGAAGAGCCCCACCACCCUCAGGGGAAAACGGCCACCCCUGUGCAUCUACGUAGCGCCUCCAAGACGGAAGCCACAGAUAAUCGGGAGCCCAAGACUCCAGAGAGUAAAAGACCUGUGGUCCUAAAUGUCACUGUAACAAGACCUGAUGGCAUGAAGGCAGAAGCGCCUCAGACAAAGGCAGCUAUUGAAAUGACCCAGGAGAAAACAAAAGUGCAUGCGUCUCACCUGUAGCACUGAAUGGCUUUUUUCUUCGUGGCUUUUCGUGGGAAUGCUUGCAGGAUGCCACUUGGUUUUCACUUUGGACUUUCACGAACGAGACUGGGUUCAACAAGUCAAAUCUACCACGAGUGAAUAACCCACAACUUCAUUCGGUGUGCUGCGAAUAAACUUGUGCCUUCUCUUAUAACGCGCUUUUAUAAACUAAUAUCAACCUGAGAUUUAUUUGACCUCUCCCACCUUAUGGCAAAUGUUCAAAAGCAGGGAGGCGCAAUUUCAAAGAUUACAUAUCACUGGCGGAGCUAGAAGGGGGGGGCCGCAGGGGCACUGGCCCCUUUGAAAUAUGGUUGGACCCCAAUUUUCAAGGAAUUUUUAUCCACAUUACCACCCAUUCCCCGUUGGGAACAUAUACUCAAUCUUUGUCAGCAUUUUCUGAAGAAUACUUUGGGUUUGUAAAAUAAAUGUUUUGCAAACCCUUUGAGAUACGCCCCCCCCCACCCCACCCCCCCAAGGAAAAAAAAAACUAGCUCCUCCAGUGCUACAUAUUUGUUCCAGGAUUCCUGUUUUCUAUCAAUGUGCAUCAAGGUCACUACAGAUUAUAUUUAUAUAGAGAAACAUUUUUAUUUGUUUACCAGUUUCUAUUUUCUUUGUUUGGUGCCUCUCUCUUUGAGUUUUGUUUUCUAGACAAUCAAACCACGUAAAUACAUAGUUUAUGGAAACAGAUCUUUAUUGGAUGACUCGGCAUAUAAUAGCUAUCAUGACUGUCAGAUAAUCAUAUGUUGAGCAUGAUGCUGUAAUUGUUAUUGAUUCUACUCCUGUUACACGGAGUAAUGAUCUUUGAUAUUGUAGUGUUCUUCUAUUACCGGGAAUGAAAAAAAGAAACCAACCUUGCAGAUAAUAUUUAAGGUGUAUCACUACCUGGUGUCUAUAGUGUGAAGUGGCUAUAGUGACAAUUAAACACUGUAUAAACUCAGAUUAAUUCGUAGAGAGAAACUGUUAUAUUAUAAUUAACCAGAAGCAUCUAAUUGUGUAGAUGAGUUUACGAUUGUUUUCAUUCAUUCAUUGAAAUGGAGGACAUUUUAGAAGGAAGAUAUUGUACUCAGAGGAUAGAAUUUUAUAUUUUAAUUCAGCCAUUUUGAAUGUAUCUCAGCAGUUUGACGAGGGGACGUGAACUAUACGUGUGUGCGUGUGUGUGAGGGGGUGUGAAUUGAAUGUGCUUGUUGCAUCUAUUGCUGCUCUAAAUAGUGAUUUACAUCAAGAUAUCAGUUAAAAUAUGCUUUUAUUUAAAAUGUGCAGUUAAGAAUAUAAUACAGAUAGAAAUUUGAAUGUAAUUGUUUAUCAGUCGCUCAUGAGCUAAAUGGUUUGUUUGAUGGUAGACUAUGUCUGUAUCUCAUUGUGCCUACGUCCAUCGCUCUCGUCGUGCGAAACUCAAAGGCGCGCCGAUGGCACAGUGCCGAGCGAAGCCGAGGAAUGAAUGAAAGUGCGGUGUGUGUGACUUGAAUGUUAAGUAUUAAUGUUCACCAUUCACAGGAGUCAGCCAAUCAAAGGUGCGCAUUGCUCUGCCUGGAGGGUUUCUCAGAUCCUGACAGUUUAAAGGCGCGCAUCUUCAUUUUGCAACAGGCUAGACAUCAGAUAAUCAGUGGAUGUAAUUGCAUAAAAGAGAGAUGUUUAUUGAGUAGUAUCUAUUUAAAAGCAGAGACCAUUACAUAGUGUUAUAUAAAAUACUCAUUUCUCAGCCUUUACCAACAUAAUGAUUUUAGUUACAUAAUGUUUAAUAAUACAGAAGGCAUUUAUUGUAGGAUGUCAAUAAAUCUCAGCAGUGCUAUUUGCAAAUUUUCAGUUUAUGUUGGAAUUGUCCUAUUAACAAGUGUGAUUUCUUUUACAUCAUGUAGAACUUGCUAUGAAGCUCACCGGCUAGAACAUUAAGUACACCUGCACUGUUUAAUAAAAGCCAUUGAUGGAAAUUGUGAUUAA